AUUUGACGUUUGUUUAUUGUUGGGUUUUCCAUGGCACUUAUUUAGAAAAUCAUAGAAUAACCUCUGCGUAGGUAACUAAAUAUGUGGAUCUAGUAUAGUUAAUUUUAUUUUAUAAAAAUGGGUAAAACUUCCAAAGUUGUUGUGUGUGGAAUGAAAGGUGUUGGAAAAACAACAAUAUUAGAACAGGUUAUCUAUGGACAUAUAACUGACCAAAGGGAAUACACUCCUACAAUAGAAGAUAUUUACGUAGCAAAUAUAGAAUCUGAUAAAGGAACCAAAGAAAAAGUAAGGUUUUAUGAUACAGCUGGCAUAGGUCAUUCCCAAAUAAGUACUGCUAAUGGUACCACCAACCAACAGUUACCUCGUCAUUAUUUAGUACUAGCUGAUGCAUACAUUUUAAUUUACGACACAGAAAAAAACGAUUCAUUAGAUGUCCUUGUCUCUCUUAAAAAGGAUAUAGACAAAAAUAAGGACAAAAAAGAGGUGACUAUUAUUGUGAUAGCUAACAAAACCAAAGAAAAUGAUAAUAAAGAAUUUGAUUCAACCAUAAGUAAGGCAACAUCCUGGUGCAAUAGAGAAAAAAUAAGGCAUUUUACAGGAUCAGCACUUCAAAGGUUUAGUUUGUAUGAACCAUUUGUUUAUAUGGCAAGUAAACUAAAUCCACCACCUAGUAAAAGUACUUUUACUCCACUUUCUAUGGGAAGAAAAGUGCUUAAAGAUUCAGGGUAAUAAAUAGCAAAUAGAGUUCUUGUAUAUAUUUCUUGACAUCAAGUACUCUAGCAUAGCCCAGCAUUUUUAAAUUUGGGUCCCUUAAACUGUAUAUCAAGUAGGGCUGUACAAUUUAGCUGGUUAAGCUGGCUAAAAAAGUUAACUAAGUUAAUUAGCUAGCUAACUGAUCAGCUUAGCUAAUUUAACCGGUUAACUAAAUUAGCUUAGCUAUUUAUCUGGCGGCUUAGCUGGUUAAUCUAGCUUAGCUCAGCUAAUUAGCCGGUUAGCUGAUUAGCCGUUAGCUAAUUAGCUGAGCUAAGCUAGAUUAACCGGUUAAGCUAAUCAGUUAGGUAGCUAAUUAACUUAGCUAACUUUUUUAGCCGGCUUAACCGGCUAAACUGUACAGCCCUAAUAGCAAGUAAUAUUCAUAUAUUAUGCUAAUAGGAAAUUCUGAAAUAUCAACAUACAAUAAUACAGUGAUGGCCACUUAAUUGUGGACCAAACAUGCAAAAUCCGAUAAAUCCAUUUUAACUUAUUCUGAGAUAUUGGCCAAAAAUGUGUACAGCAGAGUUAUACUACUUUAUACUGUCAAAAGACUUGCUGUGCAUGUUUGCUCCACAAUUAUUAAUUUUCUGGCUCAAAAUAUACUACACCUAGAAAGCAACCAUUUUUUAUGUUUAGUUUAGUUUAAAAACUUUACUAUUUAAAAUGUUUUACAACAAACGAAUUGUUUAAAUAUCUGUUCCCUGUGCAGCAUCGCGACGCGUCGCACACUGGGAGGAAUUGCAUAAAUCGCGGAAAAAACCUUAUUUAGUUUUUUUUAUUAUUAUUAUUAUUAUUUUUUUUAAUGUGCUUUCAACAGGCACCAGGCCCAAUUACAGAAGUACACAAUGACAAACACAAACAAACAACCAUACCCCUGGUGGGAUUCGAACCCACGACCUCUCGGCUUGUAGUCCGCAAAUCAAAUCAAAUCAAAAAUAUUUAUUCAUGUUCUUGUAUAAUAUAAUAAAUUGUAAAAAUAAUUUUAGGUAUAUAAGGUGUAUAAAUAAAAUGAACAAAACAAAUGUGCCUGGCACGUAAUGCUCAUCAUAAAGGAGGUUACUAUAUGAACGUUGUAACGCAAUAUAGCAACCCCCUUGGCCGAUGUUUUGGCCUACCCGAAACUAUAAAACAAUUUGCGCAGCUCGCCAUUCCCUUCGCUCAACCGAUGCAGGGGCAAUAUUGUUCAGAUGUUUUUUGUGUAUAAAUUAGGGACUGUAGUCCGCAGUGCUAACUACUACACCACCGAGGGCAGUUAAAAUCAACAUAGUAAAUUUUAAAUUGCAAGUUGUAAAAAAAGAAAGACCAGAGAUUAUGAUUUUAAACAAAUAUUUUUUUAUGUAAAAUGCCCGCUUAAACUUGCUUAAAUCUUUGGGGCGCAGAUAAUUAAAAGAAAAAAAAACCCUAGUGGAGCAACAAAAUUUUUAUUCAUACAUUUUUUUUUUCAAAAUUGCACUGCUUGUUUUUGACUUAUGAGGUGGUACAAAUAAGGUACCACCAAGCCACCUAGGUACAAACGUUUUGCUAUCUCUUUGGUGAAUUGUCUUUUGCAAUAUCAUCUUGUAUUCUUAUAAUAUUCUGAUAAAAAAAUUAUUUGGCAUGAUAGUUUUGGAAGCAGGAUUUGGCUUUACCUAGGCGCAAGGGAACCUGACAAACUAAAAAAAUCCAGUUGGUGCGAACCUGUUUAGCUUUAGAACUACAUAAUGCACAUCUUCUUCUUGUGCUUCGCUCCGGUUGAUGUUUCGAAGACUGAUGUCGCACUUCAGCGGGAAUAUAGGCCCAGAUAACAAAAUGAUGUCACUGUGAAAUCACAAUGAGCGCAUUUUCGAUCACGCGUGAGACUCAUGUGUAUAACAUAUGCGUCCUCACAUGUAGAUCACAGUGAAUUCACGCGUGGGAAAUAAAUAUCACAAAGCAGUCAUAGUGAUAUCAUGCGUGAUAUUUUAAGAUAAUUUUUAGGUUCUUAUUUAUACAAAAAAAAAUAAAAAUCAAGUAAUUUUUUUAUUUAUAUCACAAAUUGACAGUUAUUUUUCAUCGAGAAAAGGUUUAUUCCAUGACUUAUAUUUCUUAUUUGAUUCUUCAAUUUCAGAUUCAGAAACUUCCAACCUAUCUGAUCUUGACAUCAAAGUCACAUGACAUUGCUUCAGAAUCAGAAUGUGCAGAAUCUGACUUUGAUAACGGAGUUGAAUGCUCUUUUUUCUUAUUAGAUGUUGAUUUUGAACAAGAAUUCGUUUUUUUCAUGCGAUUCCGUUUUUUUGGGUUUAUCUCAUUCUUGUUUAAACUAUUCUUAAAUCUUUGUUUUGUAGCUCUAAACACUUCUAAAAGUUCGGUUUUGAAUUUUUCUUUUGUUAAGGGACCAGGGUAAGAAGUAUCUUCUACCGCAAUAUCUGCAAGACAAACAACAUGGUAUAAUGAACAAUAUUUGACUAUAUAGAAUAUUUGCUGUGAUUGUCGAUUCAAAAGAUAAAUUGUUGGAAUUUCCUUUCCAAGUGAAAGAAAAUACGAGCUCAUCGGUCAUUAUUUCUUUUAGGGCUGCGCCCAAAAAUUCUCUUAGUUUUCCUGCACCCAAAGUUUUUAAAUGGUCAAACUGAAAAGAAAACAGAUAAAAUACAUUUAAAUUAGAAGAUAUAAGGACUGUUGACUGUACCAUUUUUUCGCGGGUUUUUACAGAAUUGGGGCUUUCAAACUCCUUAAAUUCCUCUUUUGUAUUCAAAGGAAAUCCUUCCAAAGGCUUGUAAAGGGCAGAAUUUACGAUUGAUUGCCUCAAAGGAUUUGUGGACGUUACCUUUUGUUAUUUAUCAAUUUUAUUUAUAAGGAGAACUGCAAAAAGCGGUAGAUUUGCCGCUAUAACGGGAGACCUGGCAAAGUGUCGAUCAUUGACAAGACUGUUUUGCGGACUUUGCGCUGAUACAAUUAUGCGCGUGCGCCCCAUGCGCACGUGAGUUUUGGUUUCAAUGUUUUUAAAGUUAUUUCAUGUCACGCAUGAGGAAAAUAUGUAAUCACCGUGUGACAUUUAUUCUUAAUAUUUUUAAAGUUAUUUUCAUGUCGACAUUAAUCAAUGCAAUGCCUAACAAUAGUUAGGCAAUGUAUUGACAUGAAAAUAACUUUAUAUAGGUAUAGAAUAAAUGGCACACGUGAUAUCACGGUGAUCGCAUAUUUUCCUCAUGCGUGAAUAUAUAGAAUAAAUAUCACACGUGAUAUCACGGUGAACGCAUAUUUUUCUCAUGCGUGAAAAUCAUGUUGUGACUAAAACGUGAAAAUCAUGUUUGUUAUCUGGGGGGCUUUGAUUUUAAUUUGUACUGGAAUCAUCAAAAUUAUUUAUGACUUCACGUCGGAAGUCUUUGGUGGUAAUUGUAGCAGUUAGUUCAUUAGUCUUAUAGUACCAUUCUUCUCCUUACGUUGUACUUUACUAACGAUUUCAGGGUAAUGAUAAUUAGAAAGAAUAUGUGCGGACCUAUUCUGCCCUACUAUGGAGAAAAGCAGUAACUACAAAAAAAUGCAAAAUGCGUUUUCUUGUGCUAUAGACAUUUUGUAUCCGAAUUCAACACAGAAAUGCAGUCAAAUAUCUCAUAAGUUAAAAAAAUCAAUUAAAUACCUACUGCUUUUUAUAAAAAUGUAGUUUAGGCUAAUUUCUCACGAAUUUCUUGUUUAGCAGUUACUGCCUUUCUUCAUAGUAGGGCAGUAUUAUCCUUCCACUUUAUUACUGCUAAUCUAGUGUUGCUUGUAAACUAUUGCAGAUCCCCGCGCUUCAUUGUUUUAUCUUCUUUGAAUGUAGGAAGAUAUUUACGUGAUAAAUUCAAUGCACCAACAACAUGAAUCCUAUGUUUUUUCAGCUCUUCCAUCAAAGGCACAUUGUUAAAAAAGUUAUCAAAAUAGAUAAUAUGACGCAAAUCAGCUGUAAGGUGAGUGAUGACGCGGAUACCAAGCGCUUUUUCCGGACUCAGUUUUGCCGGUAUAGAUGUCGAAUUUCAAACAAUAUCGAGAUUUAUCAGCUAGAAUCCAAACUUUGUAGCCCCUUUUUACUGUUUUUUUGGCAUAUAUUGCUUCAAAGAACUUCGUCCUUUGAACUCUAUCAUGGAUUCAUCUACAGCAAUUCGCUGGCUCGGAAGUAAGCAUCUCUGAAAAUUUUCUAGCAACAAAUCUAUCAUUGGGAGUACUUUAUAAAGUUUUUCAUAAUUGGGAGAUUUGCGGUCAGGCGUAGUAGAGUUAUCGUUCAUGUGGACAUGGGAUAGCAACUAGCUAAAACGCUUUACGCUCAUUAGAGAAGAAAUGUAAUUGUCUUUGAGAUCUGGCACGCUUGACCAGUAAUCUUUAUAGUUGGGGGAGUGUUUUAGACCCAUAAGCAAAUUUAUCCCCAAAAAUGUAUUUAGCUCUGAAGUAUUAGUGGUGGGCGUUUUUCCUGUAGCAAUUCUUUUUUGCUCUGCCUCAGAUUAGUAUGAAAUACUAAAUGAUCCAUAAAUUCUUCGGUUAUAAAAACCGGAAGAGUUGGUAUGGUGUUAUAUUAUCUUUAUUAUCUUGUAUAAAAUCGGCAACACCAGAAGGACUUCCAUUAGCAUUGAAAAUUCUCUCCCUUACCGUAGAUAUAGGUAACUCAGAUUCAGAUACAUCACUUUCUGAACGGCAAUCAUCGUCAAUCACAGCGGGGACAUUAUCUGCCAAGCCUUCGUCAUAUUAGUCGGUAAAGGUUCCACGUCUUCAUCCUCAACAGUAUCAGGUCCAUCAACCUCGUAUAAUUCUUCUAAAGUCAUUCCAACUAAAUUGAAAGGUGAUUUUUCCUUUCUGAGCCUCGACAUUCUACUAGAAAAAAUACCAUCAUAAAAGUUUCAACCGACGCGGUGGUACUCGUGGUACCACAACAAUAAAUUGGUUUACGUUUACUUACAACAAAAAUUUCUUAUUUUUAAUGUUAAUGAAACUUACCCAAAACACUAACUAUCCAAAUAUUCUUAAUUUAUGCAAAAUACUGUUAUUUUUUUUUAAUUAGACCACAUAAAAAGGCACUUCAGUUUUACGCACAAAGUUUUGAGGUUAGUGGAUACAAAACGCGACUAAAUCUGUAACCGAUUGUUUAAAGUUACGCCAACGGUAUACAGGAUGACAUCACUGCAGUGGUUGUAAAAAUGAACCAUUGCAAUCCGAGCUACAGCUGCUUUAAAGGAUGGUACACUUUAUAUACCACCGCCGCUAAACGAUAACAAAAUAGGUGGUGUAUUUUAUGAACCAUGGCCGCCCAAAGAGUUAAAAAGUAACAUUGUUCGUGCCAGUUUUUUAGAGCAAAUUGGAUGUAAGUUUUUCAAGCCAAUUUUUGUUUUGCGUAAUUAAUGAAAGGAAAUGAUGGUAUAUUUUACCACAUUCCUUAUUGUUCUUUCAUAUUUCAAAGUCUAAAAUUAUAAAUUUUACCAAAAAUAAGGUAAGAUAAAUAUUUUACAAACCAGAAGAUAUUCCUUUAGGACUGUGUUGGUGUGAGGCAAAGUAUUUGGUACCAGAACGUUUCUCAAAUUUUCUUUUUUAAAAGGGAAAAGAAUUUAGCUGCCUCUUUUUGCCUGUUUGGUCAGCAGGAUAUGGAAUAUGUCCAAGGAUUUAUCAUAUUAGUUGAUUCUUUAUAAGUCAUCAUAGUUGCCUUUCGAUAGUUCUAAAACGUCAGUUUCGAGAGAGUCAGUCUUAACAUACAAUCGCAUCGUGUUUUUGUAAAUUAUUAACGCUUUGUAAAACUUUAAAGUACACAUAUUCUUAGUGCAAAAAUAAAAUGAAACAAAAAAAAGUUACCUUAAUUAGCAGAAGUUAUUUUACAAUGUAAAAACGUAUUUAUCAUUAAAUCCUCCGACUAGCUUAGGAAAAAAACGGUUUUGCUCUAAAAUCAACUUUUAAAUGUAAUUUUAACAUCGAUAUAUAGGUUUUUUUUUUGGGCCAAGUCGAAAGAAAAAAGGUAAAGAUGCGAAAAAAGUAAACAACAAUAAUACCGUUGAGUGAAGAACCCAACCCUAUUCAUCACAACGAAACCUUAACACUACUUGUUUUUGAAACCAUAUUUUUUAUUAGUAUGAAGUUUAAGGUGUUCCUCAGUUACUUUAAAGUUUGAAAUUGCAUCAUCACCUGAGAGUUGCAUGCUAUUUUUUAUAACACAUACCGAAUUUUAGGAAGAUUCUCCAAUUCGAUUCCUUUUUUUCGUCUUCGUAUCCGUAACAAUAGAAAAUAUUCGUUCCGCCUCAGCAUUGGAAUGAGGUAAAAUAAGCGCCAACUUUGCAAUUUUUCCUAAAUUAGGAAAUACUAAUACCUCAUCAAAUCUUUUUUUUGUUGAUAUUUCCAUCCACAUUUCAUCUAUUGGAAGAGCAAUUAGUCUUUUCUUAUCAGAUUCAGAAAAACACAUGCUUAAGUUCCGCCAUUCAAUUGAUACCUCAGUUUCAUCAAAGUCACUAAUAUCUCUAAAUUUUGCACACAGAAUUUUGAAAUUAAUAUUUCUUCUGGUUUCACUCUUAUGAAAGGCUAGAAUUUUAAACAGUUUUUAAAAAAAAUAUUUUUGCCACUCUCAGGCAUUUGUUGUAACAGUGUCUCACAUUCUGGGCCAAAAUAGAUAUCUUCUAAAUUAAGAUAGUUCCUCGGACAGUCCAGCUGAAUAAUUCGUAGGUCCUGCUCCUGUACAAUAAGUUCGUCUAAAAAGUUCUUGCAUAGCUGCUUCAUGAGGUUAAUACAUUCUUCAUAGAGAAUGUGAAUUAAUGGUCCACGGCUUUGAAAAAGUGCAUUAAAAGUGUUAAACGUUCUCAGAACAUACUUAAGAAAACAUAAAUAUGCUUUUGUGUAUAUAUUCUUUAAUUCUGCAUGAAUUAAUUCGGCACUUUUUAGUUUGUCCUCCUGUACAGCAAUAAUAAAAUAGUGUUCCAAAACAUUCCAGGUUUCUAGCACGCGUACAACACUUUCAUAUCUAUCUGCAACCAUCUGGUAGCAGACAACUUAACUUCAUUUUCGUUAAAAUAUCUUUGUAUUUCUUGCAAUUUCGCACAUCUUUUUGCGCUACCAGAUACGUAGUUAUAUAUGUUUCUUAGCAGAUCUUCUGGUGAACGAGGAAGUUCACUACAUGCUCUUGAAGCUACUAGCGCUGCGGAAUGACAAAUACAGCGCAUCAAAAUAACAUGGUUAAUAUUGUCCUGGAGGAGUUUAAAAAAUGAAUUGUUUUUGCCAAUCAUUACACUGGCCCCAUCAGAAGCUACAACCACUAUAUUUGUUAAUGGAAUGUUAUGUUUUCCUAAACAUGAAACAAAUGCUUGAUAUAUUUCCUUAGCUCCUAACUUUCUGGCGUCCAAAUCUAAUAAUUGCAGCAGACGUGUUUCGAUGGUAUAAUUUUCUGAAUUAAAAUAUCGGGUGAGAAUCACAAGACUUUUGUGGUCUCCGAUAUCUGUAGAUUUGUCUAGUAAAACAGAAAAUUUUUCAUUUUUGAGCAAUGAAACCAAGUCAUUGGUUUCCUUUUUGCAAAGCACAUUAUUUAAUAUUUCAGUGCAUUUAGUUCUUUUUAAUUUCAUGCCUGCACAAAUUUUGCUGUCUGGAAAUAUGUUUUUCACUAAAGGUUCUAAUUGGUCGAUUGGUCGAAAUUUCACAUUAUUCGCCGCAAAGAAUGCCGAUAACUUAAUUUCUGCCUUUUUAACAGACUUUUCGUGUGUAUUGUCAGGGUUUGUGUUAAACAUUGUGGCAAUAUUUUGAUUGUUCUGAAUCAUCGUCAUGUUAUUUUUAUGUUUAUUCGUAUUGGCGUGUUUUUGUAGUUCACUCUUCCCAGCUUUGACAGACGCAUUACAUACUUUGCAGCUAAAAUACACAUGUUUUGAAUGUAAAAUAAACGGUACAAUAGGUACUUACAUUGCCUUGUUUUUCGAGUUUUUGUCAGGCAAAAGCCAUGCACGAAACUGCGGUCAUUUAACCAGUAGGUUUUAAAGUUCUUAUCGCUGCUAAUCUUCUGUCUCUUGUUUUUAGCUGCUAGGAGUUGACUGUCAUUAUCCGAAUCUCCAUCGGUAUCGCUUUCGGUAUUCAUUUUAUUCACAAAACAGAACAGAUUUUAUUUGAAAGUGCAAAACAAAACUGCACACUUACACGUGUUGCGCAAAGCGGUGCGUUCUACAUGGAGCAUACAGAAGUGCGCAGCGCAUGCGCCUAGCUUACCUUUUUCGCAUAUUAUAAUGUUUUUUUUAUUUUUUGGUUGUAGUCAAUCAGGAUAGUUUAAUUUAUAUUUAAUAAUUUUUGAUAUUUUGUGACCAAAUUUAGGAAAAUUCCCUUUUUUAUUUAAAGAUUCCCUUUGUCCCUUUUGGCAACGAAAAUUCCCUAAAAUGGGAAAAUUCCCUCGAGGUGGCAACACUGGUCCCAAGAUUCCGUCUAGUCUUUAAAGUUCUCACGACCGCGGCCGACCUGACACGACGCAAUUACGACAUACGGUGGAGGCUAGCCGCAGUUUACGACGGAAUGAUCGAGAGCGGUCACCCUCUAAGCGCUUAUUUUAAAUUCGCCGUGUUGAAAUAAUAAUAGGUGGCUUAUAAAAAAAUAAAAUAAAUCCAUAGAUAAGGCAUUAAAGAGCCUAAAAGCUUUAAUCAAAAACUUCCUAUUCAAUGAUAAAACUGACUUAGUGUAUUUAUGAGUAUUCAUGUCUUGAUUUAUUGGUUCUCGUUAUAAUUACCUAGCUUUGAAAAUAACAGCUUUUAGAGACAUCUGUACCAGUAUCAUUAGAACACUAUGAUGAAGCUUUUGUUAAUUUACAUUUUUGGUGUUUUGUUUUGAUUGAGUAUGAGUAUGGGAACGUAUGGCAGGCCCCAAAGACAUUAACCGCCACUAAUCUCCAGGGUUAUUUACCCCCUUUCCGUUCUCCUGCGUAUCCCGCCACAUCACAGCUUUACCUGUGUUUGUUGGAUCCGAAGUUUUUACGCCGGCUGGUAGAUCCACCCUAGGAGGUCGUGGAAGACAGUGUCUAUGGUUAAGGCCGCUCCACGGAUUUUUGUCAGCCGGGUCGGGCCAUACGUCCAGUUUGGGAAGGGUUUUUGGAGGACAUUGAACUGACCCAAAACUAAGUACAAUCCAGAAUCCUCCUCAACCUGGGACUUAGUAAUAACCCCAUUCAAUUGGUAUUCAUGAAUGGAGGUAGAAGUGUUAGUACGCUGCUAGAACCUGUCCUUGUUGGUGUAUUUCUGAACAUCUCUGUCCGAGUCAGUAUCAGGUUCCUGGUUACCUCUUUCGAAUUGUUUGCCCCCCUGUGUGAUACUGAGUCUUGUCUUCCGUACCGAAGUCCCAGGUAGCACACUGACGUCUGCCGACGUUUAAAUGACGUCUUCUGACGUCAUUUCACCGUCAUUUAAACGCCAGCAGACGUCAGUGCGCCACCUGGGGUGUUGACGGCCAUGACACACCGUAAGUGCCCUCUGCCUUGGUGGAUAUUCCUCCUGCCGAGUGCCGGCUACCAAUCUUGUAUAUUCUUUAUUUAUUUUAUUGCUAAAUUAGUGUUUAUACCGUUUUUAUUUAAUUUAUAUCUUUGCAUUCUUACUUUUUUUUCCAAAUUUAAUUUAAAAAUUUAAAUAUUAAUAUACAAAAUAGAUAAAGCCGGCCCUGUAGUGUAUGUAAUUGGAGUGCAUUGGCUAUUAAUAGAGUCGUUCUUCUUAUCUUCUGUGCUCUUCUUGUAUUGAGCUUGUAUUUAUUUGGCUUUGAUUUAUGGGUAUAAUCUUAAAUGCAUAUACAAUAUUACUUAUUACACACAACACUUAUUUAUGAUCUAAAUUUUUUGUCGUCUUGCUUGAUUUGGUUUAUUUACUCUUACGCCUUUUUCAAUUUAGUUGAGUUGUUUAUGGUUUGUAUACUCUGAGCAAAUGAGGUUAUUAUUAACACAUACGGAAAUGUUGUCUUAUUUUUUAAAAUUUAGUUUUUGUGCUUAUAUUAGAGAUUUUUCAUAAUUUACCGUUUUAUGAAAUCUUGUACAUUUUUGGAGUAGUAAAAUUAUAUUCAAAACCGUACGAGUUUACUUUAAAGACUGUCGUAUUGAAUGUACCAAAAACUGUUCAUUUAAUUUAAACUUGAAAUAGUUUACUUUUCUCUGUGUAGGGACCUGUUGGAUUUCUGAAGCCAGAUGACAUUUGGCAACAUUGCGAAAUUCCGUAUAUAAACAUUUAACGAAAAUUACUUAGCUUGAUUAUUAGGCUAUAAUCCUGAUGCUUUGUCUUUCAGGGGCUGUCCGUUGUUACUUGACCUCGCCCGAAGGUUUUUGGCACACUUUGAUUGUGGAAAAUCUCUGAUCCAUGUGAACCGGUUGGCUUAUCGUUGUGGCCUAGCCUUAAUUACUUAUUCACUUGCACACUUUUACAGCGUUAACCGGGGUCCUACCGCACUUUUCGCACUUGUUGCACUUUUCGCACUUUUCGCACUUGUUUGUUUAUUUAUUUAUUUAUUUAUUUGUUAACGAUUACUGAUAUUUCCGGAUACUUAGUUUCGUUUUUGGAACUUUACUACGAUUGUAUCGUAUACGCUGCGGGAUGCGUCUUCCCACUUCAAAUGUCAAGACCCAACUUUGGUGUUUUGUUUUGAUUAAACAUAAAUAAAUUAAUAUGUUAUUUUUUAGGUAUUACUUGUAUUUGUAAGUCAUAUAUGUAAUAUAUUAAUAUAUUAAUUAUAUUAAUAUAUUAACUGCCUUUUCUUUUCGCCACAAACAUUUCAGACUAGUAUGAGGAACGCGUCUUAAAAAAAAAUAACAAAUUACAAAACUUGCACUUUAUUAGCCUCCUUACUUUAAUUGACCACAAGCUGCCACUGAAAAUGCACCAUAUUAUUGUAUUAUUUUUUAAUUAAAUAAUUAUAAUAUUAUGUAUGUAUAAUAAUAAUAAUAUUAUAAUAUUUUAAAUAAUUAUGAUUUAAAUUAAAAAUGCUUUAAUUAGUGAACCAUGACGUAUUUUAUUUUGGAUAGUGGCCAUCACUGGUAAAUAAAUACAGGAUUAAGAUGAUAGCUCAUAUUAAUAUUAAAGAAGUAAAUAAGACUAAAUUGUUACUAAAACUAGUUUAUCAACUGAUUUAAUAUUAAACUCUUUUUAUUAAUUAUUUAACUCAAAUGGAAAAGAUCUGCAAUUAAUUUUAUUUUGUGAUAUUUUUCGUUAAUU